CUUUGCAAGCUCGAGGUUCUAAGAACAUCCCAUUUCAAUCAAUUCAAAAUUUUUAUAAUCAAAAUGAACAAAUACUCUGUGUGCUUGGCUCUCUUCUUGGCCGUCAUCUGCUGCCUGUCCCUGUCAGAGGCCGCUCCAGUUCGUGAAGAACUCCUCGACUGGCACACCGCUAUUGAGAAGAUCAUUGCGGCUUAUGAAAGAAAGUAUCCCGGACCAUCGAAAAUCUACCCACCAGAGGUCGCUCACGUCGUCGAUCCCAAAUACCUGUACCUCGCUUAAUUAGUACCUUGUGUUUAGUGGAUUGCCGUUAGGUUGUCUCUAGUUGUUGUGUGUUCGAACUUUAAGGCUUACUGUACCUAAAUAAUGUUAAAACAAGAGAUAUUAAAAUUAAUAAAAAAAUGAGAUUAAAAAUUUAAA